AUGAGCAUUAGCAGCGAUGAGGUCAACUUCCUGGUCUACAGAUACUUACAGGAGUCAGGGUUCUCCCACUCAGCCUUUACCUUCGGCAUCGAGUCCCACAUCAGUCAAUCCAACAUCAACGGCGCUCUGGUGCCCCCUGCUGCCCUCAUCAGCAUCAUACAGAAGGGGCUGCAGUAUGUGGAGGCAGAAGUCAGCAUCAACGAGGACGGCACGUUAUUCGACGGACGGCCCAUUGAGUCUCUGUCCCUGAUCGACGCUGUGAUGCCAGACGUGGUGCAGACGCGGCAGCAGGCCUACAGGGACAAACUGGCCCAGCAGCAGGCUGCAGCCGCAGCACCCACCACCACCACUGGGGGCAGCAUCAGCGGCAGUGCCAAGAACGGGGAGAAUACUGCCAACGGGGAAGAGAACGGAGCGCACGCCUUAGCCAAUAACCACUCCGACUUGAUGGAGGUCGAUGGAGAUGUGGAGAUCCCUCAGAACAAGGCCAUGGUCCUCAGAGGCCACGAGUCCGAGGUCUUCAUCUGCGCCUGGAACCCUGUCAGCGACCUGCUGGCAUCAGGGUCUGGGGACUCAACAGCUCGGAUCUGGAAUCUGACUGAGAACAGCACUAGCAGCUCCACUCAGCUGGUGCUCCGACACUGCAUCAGGGAGGGGGGGCAGGACGUGCCCAGUAACAAGGACGUCACCUCCCUGGACUGGAAUAGUGAAGGAACGCUAUUAGCAACAGGAUCAUAUGACGGCUUCGCCAGAAUAUGGACCAAAGAUGGUAACCUGGCCAGCACACUGGGCCAACACAAAGGACCCAUCUUUGCCCUAAAGUGGAAUAAAAAAGGCAACUUCAUCCUGAGCGCUGGAGUAGAUAAAACCACAAUCAUAUGGGACGCCCACACAGGAGAAGCCAAGCAGCAGUUUCCUUUCCAUUCAGCUCCGGCGCUGGACGUGGACUGGCAGAGCAACAACACGUUCGCCUCGUGCAGCACAGACAUGUGUAUCCACGUGUGCAAACUGGGACAGGACCGGCCCAUCAAGACAUUCCAGGGACAUACCAAUGAAGUAAAUGCAAUCAAGUGGGACCCCACGGGGAACCUGCUGGCCUCCUGCUCAGACGACAUGACGCUAAAGAUCUGGAGUAUGAAGCAGGACUCGUGUGUGCAUGACCUCCAAGCCCACAGCAAAGAAAUCUACACCAUCAAAUGGAGCCCCACCGGCCCCGGAACUAACAACCCCAGUGCGAACCUCAUGCUAGCAAGUGCGUCGUUCGACUCGACAGUGCGGCUGUGGGACGUGGAGCGGGGAAUCUGCAUCCACACUCUGACCAAACACCAGGAGCCCGUGUACAGCGUGGCCUUCAGCCCCGACGGGCGCCACCUGGCCAGCGGCUCCUUCGACAAGUGUGUGCACAUCUGGAACACGCAGACGGGGGCGCUAGUCCACAGUUACAGAGGGACGGGGGGAAUAUUUGAGGUUUGUUGGAACGCAGCGGGAGACAAAGUGGGAGCCAGCGCGUCGGACGGAUCAGUUUGCGUACUCGACCUGCGGAAAUAG